AUGAAGUCCCUUAUACCAGUGCUUGCAUGUGAGGACCGAUUACUUCGAGUAAUGAGAGACUCUGAGGUGCUUUAUUCAGUUGAAUUACCGUCACCUCCAUCCAGCCUGCAACUCUUCUACAAUGAUGGAGGAGAAAAUGGAGAUCAGUUGCUUUACGGAACCACAGAUGGAAAGAUUGGACUGGUUCAGCUUGGCAGGGGUUCUGCAGCACAUCGAUGGGUCCUCGAAAAUAGCAGUGGGAGUGUCGGAACAAGACAGGGAGGGAUCACUUGUAUGGAUCACCAUGAUAUAACUGGAGAUGGUGUGAGGGAUUUACUGGUGGGAAGAGAUGAUGGAACUAUAGAAGUGUUUGCCUAUGAAGAUGGUGAUGAGUCAGAACCUACUCUUAGGUUUUCUACUGCCUGCAAUGAAAGCAUCACAGGAAUUCAAGGAGCUGUUGUGGGGAAUGCUGGAUAUGAUGAAAUAUUAGCAUCAACAUAUACUGGCUGGGUAUUUGGUGUCACUUCGGAGCCUAUGGACCGACACAUGACUUCCGAGUCAGGAGUUGUCCACAUUUCCCAGGAAUCUAAACAAAAGAUUCAGAAAUUGAGAUUGGAGAUAGACGAACUGCAACAGCGAGUCUUGAAAGAGCGUGAUCAAUAUCAGGCUGCUACCCAGAGUGCUUUCCCUGGCAUCUCGGCUGUACCAUUCUUCUCUGUUAAUGACAAGAUAAGUCUCAAUCGUUCUGAUGCCUCAUAUUUGUUGAGUGUGGAAGUACAGACAGCCGUUGACAAUGUACUGCUGCAAAGUGAUGUCCCCAUCGACUUGUUGGAUGUGGAGAAGAACUCGGCAGUUGUUAGCUACAGUACCUGUGAUCCUGAGAGUGGAAAUUUCCUUCUGGCAACUUACCGUUGUCAAGCCAACACCACCAGGCUGGAGGUUCGCAUCAGGACUAUUGAAGGACAGUACGGAACCCUUCAAGCAUACAUUACCCCAAGACUUCAACCUAAGUGUUGUCAGGUUCGUCAGUACCGUAUCAAGCCUCUGUCUCUUCAUUCACGCAUCCAUAGUUUUGAUCCAAAUCGUCCAUACAACACCUUAACUUUGAAAGGGCAGUUUACACUGCCAGAAAUGCAUGCAUGGGUUGUCUUCUGCUUACCAGAACUACCUGAGCGCACUCCCUCUGGUGAACGGGCAGAAUUCACCUUUGUCUCUACAUUCCUUGAUACCCAAUUACAGUGUAUUUAUGGACCAGGAGAGGCAGUGUUUCGGUCUGACAAUAUUUCCACAAUAUCAAUUUUGAAAGAUGUACUGACAAAGGAAGCCACAAGAAAAAAGGUUCGACUUGACAUUUCUUGUGAAGUUAGUGAGGAGAGCGUUGUUCAUGCCCUUCAUCUUCUGCACCCACGACUGGAAGCCCAACUUAUGUUGGCCAAACAGGUAUCUCUGAUAGAUGCCCUUCGAGAGUUGGGUUCCCAUGAAACAGAUACAAGCUUUCUUUCUCCAGAGUAUAAGCAAAUAUUGGAUAAUGCGGAUGAACUUCUUGCACAAUAUCGCAAACAACCAUGUCACCUCGAAAGACUGUAUGGCAUGAUCACUGAUCUUUUUAUCGACAAGUACAAGUUCAAGGGUGUGAAUGUGAAAAGUCGAGUGCCACAACUCUUGGAAAUCCUGGAUAAUUAUGGCAGUCUAGACCUUCAGCAUCUCAUCAAUUUCUUCCAAGCUCAAUAAAAGGCAGCAUUUACAACUUAAUUAUACUUUCUUAAUUAAGGAAUGAGGAAUGGUGUAACUAAUGACAUGUUGCUGGUGAAAAGAUAGGGUAAUAACAAGAAUUAUGAACAUCAUCAAUCUAUAUCAGGAUUUGAGAUGCUUUACUAUUAAUGUCCUCAGACUCCUGUGCAAUGGACAUCUGUAAACUACUAUGGGCUUUGGUUAUCAAAGGAAGCCCUUUAAUAACUAGUAGUUUAUGGAUAUAUGUGUGUGUGUGUGUGUGAAAGAGUGUGAGUCUGUGUGAGUGUGAAAGCGUGAGUGUGUCUGUGUGGGUAUGGGUGCCUGUGUAUGUCACAAGUGCUUUUAUGUGUGGGAGUAUUUGUAUACAUGUGUAUAUGUUUGUGCAUAUACAUGCAUUUCUGUAAGUGUGCUUGUGUAAAUUGUUUGAUCACUGAGUAUAGAAACACAGAGCUAUCCCAGAUGACUGUUGUGUAAAGUGGUAGUGCAAUACCUUGCUUAAAACCAAAAAGUUUUAAAAAUGCCUCACACCAGUGCUCAAAGUCUUGUUUGCAGUUAAAAGGAGGCUUCAAGUGGCAGUCUACACAGUUAUUCAUAUCAGUAUAAAUUUGUAUGAUUCUGAAUUAUCAUUAUAUAAGGUAACUGGGAUCAUGCACUGCUUCCGUCCUAUCUUUAUUUUUUUAAAUGAUUGGUUGAGAAGUAUAAUUUGAGCAUUAUCUCUUCUAGUACCUUUAGUGAACUGGUAUGUCAGAUCAAUAAAUGAGAAAAAAUGCUAGCCAUGGUAAAAUUUGAUAUAGUGUUUUACAACUGAAAAUGUAAUCUUAAUAUAGAAAAAAAAAAUUUACUCUAUGAAUAAUGAUUAGACACCAUAUUUGUCUUCUGUAUAUUACAGAGGUUGGCAACCUUUGGCACGAGUGCCAGACUUAGCACACAGAGUGCUUGUCUAUGGCACAACAUGUGAUUCAGAGGGGCAAAGAAAAAGUUAAACAGAAAAAUAAUAUGAGAGAGAGAGUGAGUGAGUGUCAUUAUUAUGGUCAGCUAAAUUUUAAAAUCGAGAAAUAUCGGAAUCUACUGCAAAUGAUCAUGCAGCCUCCAUAUUAAGUUCCCGGACACCACUUUCUGAUAAAUUCAACUGCAUGAAGAAAGUAGCCUUGGCAUUGCUAUCAGGAUUUGGAUUACAUACCAAUGUAAGCCAGAUGUUUUCAUACAUGCAUCAUACCCUCAGUCCUCAUCGCAGCAGGCAAACAACUGUUCACUCUGAGGGUUGUUUGAAGCUCAGUGUGUCCAGAUAUUAAUAUGGUGAGUAUAAAUUUAAAAUUAUAACAUGUACACUUGGGUAUACAGUGCUGAAAAAAAAUGGCACACAAGGUUAUUAAUAAGAAGGCAUUAAUUAUAAACUGGCACACUAUAUUCAAAAUGUCGCUGAGAAUUUUAGGUUACUACUGAUAUGGCUCCUGAUUUAUAAACUUGAAUAUUUUUAUGAAAGUUGGUGGUAUAAUAAGUUACAUUAUAUAUGAAAGUAUGUAUUCUUAAAUACUGAAUAAAGAUAUACACAAUGUU